AUGCAGUUAGUGGAAUUUCAUCUUGAAAGACUACGAGACACAAUAAUGGCAAACUGGGCGGCUAUUGGUUCAAUCGUUCUCCCCAAUGUUGGCGGUUGGGCCAAUGGAAUGUACUUUGCGGGUCAAAUCCGUAAAGGAGAAGACAAGUCAUGGUACGAUAACCUCAACAAACCCUCAUGGAAUCCUCCCAAGUACGUGUUUGGGCCAGCAUGGACCGUGCUGUAUAGCAGCAUGGGUUACGCUUCGUAUUUGGUGUAUGAAGAGUGCGGAGGAUUUACUGAUGAAGCGGUACUACCAUUGGCUCUGUAUGGUGGUCAGCUCCUCCUCAAUUGGGCGUGGACACCCAUCUUCUUCGGUCUCAAGGACUUUAAACUGGCGUUAAUUGAGAUCUCAGUGCUGACGGGUGCAGCAACAGCCACGGCGAUAUCCUUCGCGUCCCUCACUCACCUACUACAUUUGGAAGAACAACCCCAAGGUCGAGGUCCGCGAGGUCAAGGACGAGAAGAGCCAGUGAAGAUAUUCAACACAACACUUAACUAA